AUUUUCAUGUCUGGUUUACCGAAAUAAAAACCUCCAAGAAUCACUGAAAAAAAUCUGGCGGUGCGUUUGCAAUUUUUACAGUCACCGAUACAACUGUUCUGUCGCGUGUACAGCAACGAGAAAUGCCAACGUGGCAACAAUUCUCUGAAUCAGACGACGAGGGAUAUGAUGAAUCUUCCGUUUCCGCAGGCCUUGGUAACCGGGCCAUUGGUUACAAGGCUGAAAAGUCAUAAGCUGGCUCUACAAGAAUCUAGUAGCCCAGACUUGUAACAUUUUUCUAUUUGUUUAAGGUAUCGAAACACUUGCGUUCCCAAUUGCCGCUGGUAGUAUCACACCGUCAGCGUUGAAUGCCAGUGAUAAAAAAAGUGUCGCCGUUACAAGAUCGUCUCAAGAUCAUACCGUGUUCUUAGCGUAGCCGUCGCGAAUCAUUUUGAUGGUAUACGAAGACGUAAACAAAGAGAAUCAGUGAAUUUGUAAAUAAAAAAAUGAGGAGAAUGUCCGUUUUCCUCGCAUUGUUAUUAUGCAACGUUUACUUUACGCGCCACGUUGACAGUGCUCGUAUACUUGCAAUAUUUCCUCUAGAGAUUCCGAACCAAUUUUUCUUCUUUCAAGAAAUUUUGUGGACUCUUGUAGAGCAGGGACACAAACUCGAUGUCAUCAGUCAUUAUCCCCUUAUAAAGCCUCAUCCAAAUUACGUGAACAUUAUUCAACUCACAGGAAAAGGUCCCAAGUUUACCAUAAACCUAACAGCUGACACUCUAGAAAGCUUGGCCAAUAAGCCGGUCGAAUAUUACGGUGAACUGUACGGAAAUAAGGCCUGCGAAUUACUCGCUCUUCCUGAGUUCAAAAAGCUCAUAGAAGAGCCGCAAACCGAUCCACCAUAUGACCUCGUCAUUACGGAGUUACUCUACGCGAAUUGCUAUUUCGCGUUUGGAAGACACUUCAAGGUCCCUGUGGUGGCUGUUUCUAUGUCAGCGUUGCCACCUUACGUAAGCGAGUCCUUGGGGAAUCCGGCGAACACGGCAUUUGUGUCCGAGCACAUCGACGGCUCCACUCUUUACAUGAACUUCUGGCAAAGGUUCAAAAACACGCUGCACACAUGGUGGACCAACUAUCGAGUAAGGCGGACAACGGAGGUGCAGAACAACAUUGUUAAGAAACAUUUCGGCGCGGAUAUGCCGGACAUCAGAGAACUGGAGAGAGAUUUGUCCCUGCUUUUGGUCAACUCGCAUCACUCCCUCAACGGAGUUAGGCCUUUUACUUCAGCCGUCGUUGAAAUCGGAGGGUUGCACGUGCGGGAUGAUGGAAUGGAAUUACCAGAGGAAUUGAAGGCGUGGAUGGACAGCAGCUCGGACGGCUUUAUCUACAUUUCUUUUGGCUCCUUGUUGACUAUUGAUAAUUUCCCAAAAGACAUCGUCGCCGAAUUGUACUCAGCAAUCGCCAAGAUUGAUCCGAUUCGAGUGCUGCUCAAAGGAGCAGCUCCGGAAGCUUUGCCACCCGGACUUCCCACGAACGUACUUGCGAUGGAGGUGGUUUCACAGAGGCAGGUUUUAAAGCACGGCAACAUACGAGCGUACGUGAUGCAGGGUGGAUCACUGGAGAUUCACGAAGCGGUGAUGUUCGCAGUACCGUUUAUCGGCCUUCCGAUAUUCCCAGAGCCGCAACGAAACGUAAAAAAUUGCGUUGAAAAGGGGGUGGCGAUAUCGAUAGACUUUAGGGAUUUCACGGCGGAUAAAUUCGCCGCAGCCGUUACAGAAAUCGUUGGCGAUGAAAAAUAUAAAAAUAACAUCGUCUUGCUAGCGAGAAGGUUUCUGGACCGACCGAGAAGCCCAUUAGACACGGCGAUCUUCUGGAUCGAGUACAUCCUCAAAAACGGCGGCGAUGCAUUGCGUUCACCAGCGGUAAAGUUGAGCUGGUGGCAGCUGGUUUUGCUGGAUAUUUAUGCGAGUAUAAUGGCGGCUGUUAUACUCGCGAUUUACAUCUGCAAGCGACUGACGUUGAUCGUGAUUCGUCGAUUAUUUCGACCGCACCCUACUUUACCAACCUCGAAAAAAAUGGUUUAAUGCGUGGCUUAAAAGAGUUACAAACUCUCCAUUUGUUACUGUUGGUAUUUGCGAGAUACGGCGCCUUAUGCCAAGUGCGGAAAAUUUAUUGAGGAAGGGAAACGCAGUAUUGAUAGAAGGCGGAAAAUUGUUACGGGACAUCUGUUGUCGUCAGGGGUUUAACAAAAAUUCCAUCAAGCGUAAGUCCCCUCUAGGGUUUGAUAUCGAAUUGAAAUAUGUUCUUCUUGUCUUCGACGAGUGAGGCAGAAUAACUCUGAAAAAAUUUUACGCUAGUAUUCUUGACGCCGUGUCCACCGAAAACGACAAUCAAUAAAGCAAAUAUUUUCCCAUUCACGUUAA